GAACAUCUGAAGUAUAAAAUAAGUUAGAAAGUUAUAUUAUUAACGGAGUGUAAUAUAUUUUUUUGAAAUCAAUCUGACACCGAUUACGAGUGGUGUGCAAAUAGGAAUUUGCAAGCACGCGCAGUCCAUGGAGAACUUUCCAGAAUCUUCAUCGAAAGGUACGAAACGCCGUCGAGAUGAAGAUUCCGACGCCGGAAAUACAUCCUCACUCGAGGACGAUCUUACGUUCAACGAUACCUUGGUUGCUCUUCGAAUCAUGCGAGCGCAGUUUCCCCACAUUCACAAGGGUUCGGUUGAGCCUUUUAUAUUGAAGUCACAAUUGUAUAGCAGUGUGAAGGACAGAACGCAAGUGGAUAGGGAAUUAGAGUCUCUGAGGAGGGACAAAGUUUUGCGUCUUUUCAAAUUAAAUACAGGACAGGAUGAUCAUGCCGUAAUGUUUUUGGAUGACUACCUGAACCAGAUAGAUCGUGUUGUGAAAAGAAUGGAAGGAAAGAAAGUAGAGGAAUAUGAAGUUUUUGGGUGGUUGAAGACUCAUGUUCUAGAUUCAAAGCUUGAAACGGGUAUUGAACAUCAUGAGCUUUGCUCACUCUUGUCACUCGGGGGAAAGGUGAAGGAGAGUCACAUCUCUGUUCUAAUUAACGCAGGCGUCCUUACUAGGCAACUUAUUGAUCCAAACAUGUAUUGGUUUGCAAUUCCAAACAUUGGCUCACUUCUCAAGGGUAUUGUUCAGGGAAGAAAGGAAAUUAUUUCUCUUCUCAGCCGUCGUAGGUAUAAGGAGAUGAUGUUGUCCUCUUUGGAAAAGAAGCGUCUUCGAAUGUCUCCACUUGAUGUGAGAUUUCAUCUUCGUGAUUUGAUUGGUUCAGGUCAUCUCAGAACUGACCAGACUCCAACUGGUUUAAUCAUUAGAGUCUCAAAAGAUUAGAGAUCCAGGAAGUCCUACAUGCAUGCAUUUGUUUGCUUUCAUCAUCACUUUUAUUGUCCAAGACAUUUUCUCCUUUUAGAAAAUCACGUUUGAGAAGUCUUAGAAUUUGUGAUUUACCUUCCAAACCAAGUUUGUUUGUUGCAAACAAACUUCAAAUUAUUUAUCUACUCGUUUUGUUCAUUUCGAGAAGUGGUGCUUUGAACAUGUAGUGGCUUAUAUCACUUCAAAUGCUUUUAAUAGUGAGACAACUAUAUAGGUGACAUGACCAGCUGUUUUAUCCUAUUUAAUCAAGAAAGCUAGCUUAGUCACUUGGAAAUUACUUCUAUCAACUACGAACUCGGACCAAUUGAUGUUGGUGUAAGUCUCCUUUCUCCUUGUCUUAAUAUUUCCAUCUAUGAUGUGGUUCUUCCCUUAACUGUUUACCUCAUGAUGAACAGAAGAACACAUGUUCAUGUACAUUUCAGGGAACUCCUUGUUGGUACUAAGUGACUAGGUUUGGUUUUUUCAUAGUUUCUUUCUAUUUUGAAUUUUUUGCCAUUGUUAAUUGGUAUGAUUCACUCUUUUCAAAGAAGAAAAGACUCCUAUCAUAUUUUGUACGUAGCAUAAGCUAUACAAUUUCUAAAUUACAAGUGGGAAACUUACCUGUUUGUUAUUUUAAAUCCAAUAGGUGCAAAUUUUCAUUUU